UACUAUCAUCUACUCAACUUGAUCUUGCUUAGCUCGUAUCGAGAGCCAGAGCAAGGAGUCGUAUCAACGACGCAUCCCACACAAGUCCUGAACGCUGCCCGCCAAUAUCACAGACUCAGAAGGAUAGAGGAUAAUCUCCAAAGAAUACACUCAGCCAGAGACACACAUGACACAGCGGCCGGAUUCACAGUAUGGGCUUGAGCGUAGAAUCCGAAGUC